AUGGCGACGCAGAUCGCCAUCGCGAUGUUACCAGUCGGCGAGACGCUGCUGCGAGCAACCGUCAAGAUCCAGACGGCAGAUGCCGGCCGCACGGUGACGUUCGUCUACGACGCGGCGGUCCAGCCCUACCCGCCUGUUGAUCAACCACCGCCCACCACCGGUAGUAGCACGUCCGGGAACAGCACGUCUGGUGCUAAUAACGCUUCCCUUUCGUCCAUCUCCAACCCGUCCCUCGCUCUUCAACACAAUUUCGUCUCACAUGCCGUCAACAACCAGCCUUCCGCCGUAAAAAUCUCUUCACGUCGUCUCACGCGUGCUGCUGCCAGCUCAGCAUCCCGCGACGAUGACGUGGACUCGCAGCUGGACCGCCGGAGCGUCCUGCUGUCAAUGGCUGCCGUGGCGCUUUCUCCCGUAGUAGCCGCUAGCGAAGCGUCCGCUAUAACGGUUCCGAAGCAGGUUGGGGCGUUCCUCCCGAAAUCCGAGGACGGCGAGUUUGUUGUAUUCACUCCAGGAAUGAAGGACACGCCUGCGCUAAGAGCAGGCAACGUGUCCCCUUACACGUUCAACAUCCCGCCCACGUGGACCCAGUCGCGCAUCGCCAACAUCCUCUCGGGCAACUACUGCCAGCCCAAGUGCGCUGAGCCGUGGAUUGAAGUCAAGUUCGAGGACCCUCGGGAGGGCUUGCUGCAGGUGGUGGCAUCACCCAUGGUGCGCCUGACCAACAAGCUCGAGCUGCCCAUCGAGGAGAUCGGCACCCCGGAGCGCAUAAUAGCGGCGCUUGGCCCGUUUGUCACCGGUGAUUCGUAUGACCCGGACGAAGUUGUAGACACGCGCAUUCGCAAGGAAGGGGGGCAAACUUACUACGAGUAUUACAUGGAAACGCCCUACGCACGCUCGGGCGCCUAUAACCUGGCAUCUGCCACGGCCAAGGGCAGCACCGUGCUGCUGCUGGUGAUCAUAGUUCAGAUGAUGACGGCAGCGAAUGGCGACGACACGGUGAAAUGCAUGGCACGCCGUCGCAUGCUGAGCUCCGUGUAUGGGAACCAAACAGAACCACCAGCGACCACGGCGGGGGACCCAACAGCACCACCAGCGUCCACAGUAUCCCUUUGCCUUGCUUCUCUCCAUCCAUCCCUUGCAUCUCCCCUGCUUGCUGCCUUCCUCACCCUCACCCUGUGGCGCCUACCCCUUGGGAUCCUCAACCCCCCACCAGAAUUGCACUCACAUACCGCACUACACCCAUCCUCACCCCUCAGCCUCACCCUGUGGCGCCUGCCCCACAGGAGCCACCUGCAAGACGCCUCGCCCUGUGGCGCCUGCCCCACGGGAGCCACCUGCAAGACUGUGCUUGAGACAGACACCAGAGAGUUUCAGCCGUCGCUGUGGAUCAACGGCCGCAUUCCGGCGCAGGUGCCUUACUGCGACUGCCCUGCAGGCUACGGGAUGACCCCCACCGAAUGUGUUGAGGGAGGAAACUUCACAGUCGGUGCCGAAAGCGUCACACUCAUCGCAAAUCAGACAGCCAAGGACUAUACCUCCCGGCCCUACACCCUCCGCUGGAACCUCAAUGGUUGCACGCAGAUCCCAGCUGCUGUGACUGUCAAAUUCACUGCAAUGUAUUCCGUUUUCAGCAUCGGUGACACGCCGAAGUGCCAGAACAUAUACUUUUACAGGACGGACAACUGCGAAGGCAGUUCGUAUGCUGUGUCUUCCGGGAAUUUUCCGCCGUACUUUGCAAGUCUUACGUG